CGCAAAGCUUAUAGUAUUUUAUAUGAAAAACCCUACGGACCCACUGACCGCGUCUAAAAAAAAAAGAUCUUGUCCAAAAUAUAUUGAUUAUUGCCACUGCCAGUCUGCGUGCUGCCAAACGAAGCCGUUAAACAGUUUGCCCAGACCCGGAUCCUGAUCGAAAUGCCCAAGGAAAACGCGGAGCCAUCGGCAAGUGGCCUUGCAGUGACCGCCAAGCAGAACGAUGCGCCACCCGCCGAAAAUGCGAAUCACAAGGAAAGCGACGCCUCUGCCCCCGCCUCUGCCAGCGCCAGUAGCGCCUCGACCACGCCCCCGCCUGCCCAGGACGACGCCGAGGAGGCGGAGUUGCUGGAGCGGAUGCGCGGCGAUGCAGUCGGCAGCACCAUGUUCAGCAGUCGGUUCAUCCUGAAGACUGUUAUGAAGCUGGUGGAGCUGCAGCCGGAAUCAUCACUGGACCAGCAGCUGGAGGAUGAUCUGUGCAAGGUGUGGGACAUGUCGGUGUCGCCCGAAGUGGUCACAUUGCUGCUGGAGAACCAGGCCAUCGAUCCGAUCAUGUACUCCCUGCUGGCGGGCUGUGAAGAUGUGCGGCUCUAUGAGAUUCUCAUCGGCCUUCUGGGCAACAUGUGCGCCCAGGUGGAGUGCGCCGAGCUAUUGACCUGUAACCACGGCACGAUGGAAACCCUGUUCAAGCUGACCAACUGCAUGGACACCGCCAUGUUGAUACAGCUGAUGCGACUCUUUCAGUACAUCAUGGCCCAUGUGCUUAGCGGCAAGGAGCAGUUCGCUGUGGACUGGUACAUCUGCUUUGCCGCCUUUGAAAACUCCGCCCAGAAUCUCGGCAAGAUUUUGCAACAGUCUGUUAGCGAUGAACUGCUAGUAGCUGCAUUGAAGGCCACAAACGCUGUGCUGGCCAGUUGCGCCUUAGUGGAGGAGGAAAACGCAAAGUCCACCUUGAAUCUGAAACCCUUUGCGAAGGUAUUUCUAGUGCCAGAACUCUGCGAUGGGGUCAAUAGCGCGUUUCUGCGACUGAUGCGCGAUGAUCAGGCAAAGUUGGCCGACGAGGAAGCUGGCGAGGAGAACGAAGAUGCAGAAGUGCCAGCCGCCCAGGACAGUGAUGAGGAUGCCGAUGUCGGCUACGACUCGUGCGGACCGAAAAUAACCUGUGAUGUGGAGAUCAUACAAACCUACCUCAAUAUAUGCACCAUUCUGGUCCAACUACCAGAGGCGCAGGCAUCCAUGGAUGUGUAUGCAACUAGUAUAGUCAGUUGUUUGGCGCGAAUACUGCAGUUUUUGCAGCAGCCUCUGCAACUCAUUCCAUUGGGCGAACGCCAGGAGGAGUACCUGGAGGAUCUGGCGCACAUUUGGAGUCGCCUGAAGUACUUCUAUCACAAGGAGGCCUUCUCCAAUCUCUUGGAAUUAUGGUAUAGACUUAAACAGCACAUUGACAAUUACACAGGAAGUGAUCCAGAGGCCAAUGAUUUCGAAGAGGACGAAGAGGAGGAGGAUGACGCUCCAAAGGAGCAGUAUGUGGAGAACGCCUUCAAGUUGCUGCGCCUGUUGGCAUGUAUGGUGAUAAAAGCGGAAAACUCGGAUCUCCAAGAGAUUGGCGAUGAAAAGGUGCAGUUGUUUGUGUCUGCACUCAAAGCCGGAAAAGAAGAUGCUAUUUUCUCAAGGGCACUCGAAUGCCUGAACGAUAAAGUGGCUAAGGAGUCGGGCCAAGCCUAAGCAACAUGCCUCCAUGAAGGAUAAAGCAAAAAUGACUGAGAUUGUAGCUUGCAGCACAAUAUAUUCUUAACUUAGUUA